AUGGCUCGUACCAAGCAGACGGCUAGGAAAUCGACCGGUGGCAAGGCUCCGAGGAAGCAGCUGGCGACAAAAGCGGCGAGGAAAUCAGCCCCGGCGACCGGAGGAGUGAAGAAGCCGCACAGAUUCAGACCAGGAACGGUGGCGCUAAGGGAAAUCAGGAAGUACCAGAAGAGCACUGAGCUUCUGAUCCGCAAGCUCCCAUUCCAGAGGCUUGUGAGAGAGAUCGCUCAGGACUUCAAGACGGAUCUCCGUUUCCAGAGCAGUGCCGUCGCCGCUCUCCAGGAAGCUGCUGAGGCUUACCUCGUUGGACUCUUCGAAGACACCAAUCUCUGCGCUAUUCACGCCAAGAGAGUCACGAUUAUGCCCAAGGACAUCCAGCUCGCUAGAAGAAUCAGAGGUGAACGAGCUUGA